AUGAGUGCCUUUUUUGCAAAGCUGGACCCGCGGCAGGUCGAGUGGGGGAACUCUUGGUAUGGCCUGUACUCGCGCAUGCUGCGCACCAAGCCUGUGCAGUCCAUGCAGGAGGGGGCAGCCGAUGACCUGCAUGGCACCAAGCUGGCACGGGUGCUCACCACCGUGGACCUGGUGUCUCUGGGCGUGGGCAGCUGCGUUGGCACAGGCAUGUAUGUGGUGGCCGGCCUGGUUGCCAAGGAGAUGGCGGGCCCUGGCGUCAUCUUGUCCUUUAUCAUCGCUGCUGUGGCCUCUAUUCUGUCAGGUGUUUGUUAUGCAGAGUUUGGCGUCCGUGUGCCCAAAACGACAGGCUCCGCCUACACCUACAGCUAUGUGACAGUGGGCGAGUUUGUGGCCUUCUUCAUUGGCUGGAAUCUGAUUCUGGAGUACCUGAUUGGCACAGCGGCGGGGGCCAGUGCCCUCAGCAGCAUGUUUGACUCCUUGGCCAAUCACACCAUCAGCCGCUUCAUGAUCAACCACCUCGGCAGACUCCACGGCCUGGGCAAGGGGGAGGAGUCCUAUCCUGACUUGCUGGCUCUCAUCAUCUCUCUGGUGGUAACGGGCAUCAUUCUGCUCGGCGUGAAGAACUCGGUGACCUUCAACAAUGUGCUGAAUGUUGUCAACCUGGUGGUCUGGGUGUUCAUGGUGAUCGCCGGCCUCUUCUUCCUCAGCGGGGCCAACUGGGAGAGCGGGAGAUUUCUGCCCUACGGCUGGUCAGGAGUCAUGCAGGGGGCGGCGACGUGUUUCUAUGCCUUUAUUGGCUUUGACAUCAUCGCCACCACAGGAGAGGAGGCCAAGAGUCCCAACACCUCCAUCCCCUACGCCAUCACCGCCUCGCUCGUCACCUGCCUCACAGCCUACGUCUCUGUCAGUGUCAUCCUGACCCUGAUGGUGCCUUACAACCUGAUUGAUGGCGAUGCCCCGCUGAUGGAGAUGUUUGCGGUGCAUGGCUUCGUGGCAGGGAAGUUUGUGGUGGCCGUGGGUGCCAUCGCGGGCCUGACCGUCAGCCUGCUGGGAUCCCUCUUCCCCAUGCCACGCGUCAUCUACGCCAUGGCAGGAGACGGCCUCCUUUUCAGGUUCCUGGCCAUCGUGAAUCCUCGCACUGAGACUCCGGCGGUGGCGUGUGCCGUGUCUGGCUGCCUGGCCGGGAUCCUGUCUCUGCUGGUCAGCCUGAGAGACCUGAUCGAGAUGAUGUCCAUCGGCACGCUGCUGGCCUACACGCUGGUGUCGGUGUGCGUGCUCCUGCUGCGCUACCAGCCCGACGAGGACGGCAGCUACCUCACAGGAGAAGAGCAGGGGGAGGAGGACGGCACGGGAGGCAAAGCCAGGAAGGAGGGGGUGUUGGCCGAGUGUGAGGAGCAGGAGGACGGAGGCUACCAGGGCAAGCAGGUGCACAACAGCCCGGUCAAGAGCAAGGGCGAUGACGACACGAUGAUUGACGGCACUGACCCCACGAGCUACCAGUCUGUCGGCUCGGGCUAUGGCCUUAGAGAGAAAGGCCCAGAGGAGGGCGAGCAGCCGGACAGUGCCCCGACCGCCCUGCUGAAGCGAGUCCUGGGCCCCCACUACUACACGCUCAGAGUGAAGCUAGGCCUGCCCGACUCCAGCGACGUCCCCACGCCCAUCACGGGCCGCAUGGUGACCCGUUGUGUCCUGCUGCUCUUCGUCCUCACCUUCCUCUUCUGGUCCCUCGUCAUCUACGGUCUGGACCGGGAGUCCGGAGCGGCCCGCUGGGCCCUGGUGCCGCUGGUCGGGCUCAUCUUCUGCAAGAUGUUUGCCCUGCUGAUUAUGAUCCUACGGCAGCCCCAGAGCCCCAAGAAGCUGCCAUACAUGGCGCCCUGCGUGCCCUUUGUGCCCGUGGCGGCCAUGCUGGUGAACAUCUACCUGAUGCUGAAGCUCUCGCGCAUCACCUGGGUGCGCUUUGCUGUCUGGUGCUCUAUAGGUCUCCUGAUCUACUUUGGCUACGGGAUGUGGAAAAGCUCUCUGGAGCUCUUCUCCCAAGAGGAGGAGGCCCACGCCAGCACCUACCAUUGCUACGACAACGAUGUGGACGACAGCUUCACCGUGGAAGAUGACGGGGACCUCCAGGGCGAGGGUGAGGAGGGGCCUUAUCAGGGCUGGGCAGGGGAGGAGAGGGGAGGGUACCAGGACCCGAACCAACAGACACAGCAGCACUACCAGUACGGGGCCGACGGGCAGAGAAACGCGGGCAAGUCGAAAAGCAGCAGGGGCCGGAGUAGAAAAGGCUUUGAUGAACUGGAGGAGGAUGAUGAUGAUGAUGAAGAGGAUUACUAA